CAAAAACCAUAGCAAAACAGAUACACAACUGACUCCAAACAGCCAUAGCAGAGUCACGCUUCUCUGCCGUACCCUAACCGCCAUCGUCGCUCACUCCCUCCGGCAGCCGUUACUACACCAUCUCACCUUCAACACAGUUCUUACCAAUUCGCGCGCUCUUCACUUUCAUUAUUUUACCGAUUUUAUUAUUUCAGUUUCGUUGUUCUCAAAAUGUUGCGUAGAAACAUUCGUUUGAGGAGAGAGUAUUUAUACCGAAAAAGCUUAGAAGGAAACGAACGUGCUUUGUAUGAGAAGAAGCGCAAAAUCAGAGAAGCUCUUGAAGAAGGGAAGCCUAUACCGACUGAGCUUAGAAACGAGGAGGCAACGCUUCGUCGUCAAAUUGAUCUGGAAGAUGAAAACACAGCUGUCCCAAGAACACACAUUGAUGAUGAGUAUGCAUUUGCUACUGAGAAAGAUCCUAAGAUCAUGCUGACCACAUCCAGGGAUCCAAGUGCUCCUCUUCAACAGUUUGUUAAGGAGUUGAGUAUUGUCUUUCCCAAUGCUCAAAGAAUAAACCGUGGUGGUCAGGUUCUUUCAGAGAUUAUAGAUGCUUGCCGGUCCCACGACUAUACAGAUGUAAUCUUGGUUCAUGAACACCGCGGUGUGCCUGAUGGCUUAACUGUUUGCCAUCUACCAUUUGGCCCUACUGCAUAUUUUAGUUUACUCAAUGUGGUUACAAGGCAUGAAAUUAAAGACAAAAAAGCUAUGGGAACUAUGUCUGAGGCUUAUCCGCAUGUUAUUCUCGAAAAUUUCUCAUCUAAGUUAGGUGAAAGGACUGCCAAUAUUCUAAAACAUCUGUUUCCGGAGCCAAAACCUGACACAAAGCGUAUUGUCACUUUUUCCAACCAGUCUGACCAUAUCUUGUUCAGGCAUCAUGUAUAUGAAAAACGCGGGGGUCCUAACUCUGUAGAAUUGAAGGAAAUUGGUCCACGGUUUGAUUUAAAACCAUAUCAGAUAAAAUUGGGAACAGUAGAUCAAGUUGAAGCUCAAACAGAGUGGGUCCUCAGACCGUACAUGAACACUACCAAGAAACAGAGGUUUCUCGGUAAUUGAUGCAUGCACCGAUGGUGUUGACGGCGGCAGUGGUGGUGGUGGUGGUGCAGCCAAACCAUAUUAUACACUCUCUGGGUUCAUACUGAGACUGUAGACGAAAAGCUGAAAAUUUUGAAAUGGAGAUUAUUUAACAUGGUCACACAUUAGAUGUAAUUGGAACGUACUUGUUGCUAAAUUUUGGAUGAAAUUUAAUUUUAUGGGUUUACUCUUUUAUUCUUCUGGGUUGUGUUAUGUUAUUUACUCAUGUGUUAAACAUACUAACUGCAUGGAGUAUCUAUAUAUUUUAAUUUUUUCACUGGUUA